GUAUUCUGCCCGCGCCAUUUCCCAGCCACUGCACUGCUCCCAGAGAUGCUCCCACCUCUCACGUCCUUCUCAUAUCGCCUGUUCACUACACGGUCCCAUCCUCGCAGCUAUCCUGCUGAACGCUCGGCGGUCAGCGCAGUGGUUGGCAAUAUCCACGGCAGCAUUCAGAUGCUCACGUUACCGAGCAAAUCUGUGUCCUUCACCAUGUUUCAUUCGACGGUCUGGGAGCGCCUGCGCUCCCUCACGCUCACUGGCGGAUAUCCUAUCGACCUAUCCCUACCAUUGAUCUGCGUGCUUGCGAGCAUGCCCGAGCUGUGUGUCUUGAUACUAGUGUUUGCUCUGCCCAUCCGCAAUAGGCAGUCAAUAUGGCCCCGUGGCGCCGCUGUAACCCUCCCAUGGCCUAAACUGACGGACCUCACACUCUCCUUCCCGGAUCCGGGGGACCAGAUAUUCGCCCAUCUUCCUGCUAGUCUACGGCGUCUGUCACUUCUUUGCUGCCCCCAUCAUUGUUUCUACAAAUGGGACCCCUUGCUGAACUAUCCGUGGCAUUCCCCUAUACUUGAUGCAACCGAUAUGCUACAAGUUCUCGAUGCUGUACAGGCUCCCAGCCUUGAGGCGUUUCGGCUGGAAUAUCGUGCAGAUGAUGUAGACGAAGCCCUCCUGCGCCGUAUCGUC